AUGUCGAUUCCUGGCAUGUCCCGCUCAGGCACAAGUCUGAACAUUGCCCAACAACUCCGAAAGUCCACUCAGUUGGCGUUAGAUGAUUCUGGCCGGGGCCAUGACAAGAAAAUACCGGGCAACAACUAUACAGCGAAGGUUAAAAUCGGCCACAAGUAUACUAUCAUCGGUUUCAUUAGCAGCGGCACCUAUGGUCGAGUAUACAAAGCUGUAGAGAAGAAUCCAAAAAGUGAUUCGACCAGCCCUUCAGGGACAUCUCCACCAAAGGAACUAUAUGCCAUCAAAAAAUUCAAACCGGAGAAGGAAGGAGACAAUGUCCAGUAUACAGGAUUGUCUCAAUCUGCCAUUCGGGAGAUGUCGUUGUGCACCGAGUUGUCUCAUCCAAACGUGGUUCAUCUGGCCGAGAUCAUCCUCGAGGACAAGUGUGUCUUUAUGGUUUUUGAAUACUGCGAGCAUGAUCUUCUCCAAAUCAUUCACCAUCAUACCCAGCCGACCAGGCGACCCAUCCCCGCUACCAUGAUCAAGUCGAUCCUAUUUCAGCUCCUCAAUGGCUUGUACUAUCUCCACCAGAACUGGGUGAUUCAUCGUGAUUUGAAGCCUGCCAACAUCAUGGUCACCAGCUCUGGACAUGUGCGCAUCGGAGACUUGGGACUUGCCCGACUCUUCCACAAACCUCUCUCGUCACUAUAUUCCGGGGACAAGGUCGUGGUUACCAUAUGGUACCGUAGCCCCGACCUGCUUCUGGGUGCACGUCAUUACACGCCGUCCAUCGACCUCUGGGCUGUCGGAUGUAUCUUCGCUGAACUCCUAAGCCUCAGACCAAUCUUUAAGGGAGAAGAAACAAAGAUGGAUAGCAAGAAGACAGUACCGUUCCAGAGAAACCAGAUGGGCAAGAUUGUGGAAAUCCUGGGCAUGCCUCGACGAGAAAACUGGAAGGGCUUGGUGGACAUGCCGGAAUAUCCGCAGCUGCAGUCACUGAUCGUGUCCCGUGGCGGGAUGCCAGGAGGCUUAUAUCCGAACCCCCCUACGUCUCUGAACCGCGGUUCUGGUGGUAACAACGGCAGCGGUCUGGAGUCGUGGUAUAACAACUGCAUCCGGCACGCGAGCUACCCUCCAGACAAGUCUCCUGGCCAACGCGGGUUCCAGCUCUUGUCGGAGUUGUUCGAGUACGAUCCCGACCUACGCUUGACGGCCGAGCAAGCUCUCCACCACGAGUACUUCAGAAACACCGAUGAUGGGCCGAACAAAGGCAAGAUAUGGGUCAGCAGUAAUUGCUUCGAAGGGCUGAACGAGGUGUAUCCACACAGGAGGGUAAGCACUGAAACGAACGACAUUGGGACGGGCAGCUUGCCAGGGACGAAGAGAGGGGGCUUGCCUGAUGACACGCUUCUCCCAGCGUCAAAAAGGAGAUAG